AUGCCUGUUCAAAAAGCACUGGAUUCAUACAAAUGUGCAGAUCGUUCUCAGGAUGAGGACGACGGCCCCGAGGAUGCCUUCCAGUCAAUCCGGAUUCCGUUGGGCCACCCACCGGUGCUGUUUGGUCUACCAGGCAGUGAGGAGCUCAUGCGGGAAAUCUUGUCGCACCUGAAGUGGCGAUUCGGGGAGUGUGCCUUUCAGAUGUUCGACAACGGCGAAAUCGGCCCCAAGAUACUGCACACCGUGGCAAAUCAUGAUGUGUUCGUCGUGAUUGCUAGAAAUGAUGCGAUGUCGGAGCUGAAUUUCUCGCUCAUGCGGUUGCUGCUCACGGUGGAUGCCUUGAGAGGAGAGUCCCCGCAUCGCCUCACUGUGGUGAUGCCUUGCCUCGAGUAUGCUCGGCAAGACCGGAAACUGGUGGCGGGAGAGGCGAUUGCACCGAAGCUGUUACUGCGCUGCAUCCGCACAGCAGGUGCCACCCGCGUCCUGACUGUGGACUUGCACAACCAAGCUGAAGCUGCCUUCAGCCCAACUGGCAUGGUCUUAGACGAGUUGAGCUCAGAUGUUUAUUUAGCUGAUUUCAUCAAGCGCAACGUGACAAACUUCGAUGAAGAUCACACUGUCGUUUGUGCCACCAAUGGAAUGGCAGAUAUCCUUCGUGUGGGCUUUAUCAUGGCGGACCGCUUCCGACAACAGGGUGGCGGACGAGGAGAUGUCAAAAUCAUCUCGGACUCCGAGUUAAAAGCUGUGUCCACGGUCAUUGUCAUCGAUGACAUGUUUGACACUUGUGGCAAUCUGGUAGAAGUUUGCUCGGCCUUGCAUCUUCUCCUGCCAAAAGCGGAUCUCUACGGAGUUGCUCCCCAUGGCUAUUUUUCUGGAGAUGCGGGUGAAAAGGUCAAGGGAUUGGUGCAAGAUCCUUGGUCCUUGCUUUAUCGCUCGGGGACAGACUGCAACUUGCAAUGGCUGGCGGUCACCAACAGUGUGGAUCAAACAGCUGCUUUGCAGAGGUUGGCAGCGGCAGGGCUUGAAAGCCGCAUCAAAGUUAUCGAGAUUUCCAAGCUGCUGGCAGGUGCAAUCGCGAGACUUCAUUUGGGCGCUCCGGUGAAUGUCUCCAAGUUCAAAAGUUUGGGGCCCAAAGACAUCGAUCCUGCAACAUGGCCCAAAAGACGACAGACAUCCGCAGACAUCGAUCCAGCACGUUGUUGUGGGCGCACCUGUUUCUACUGAGAAGCUGUAGGCCCAAAGGAUUUCGCAGGUUGUGGAAGGACAAAGGUGAUUGUUGGCCAUGAUGUUGUGCAUGUGUGUGCUGUAUGCACAUGUUGGUAGUUGUAAUUUGCAACAGGUGGGGUACCCAUGCACUUCUUGUGAUUGAAUCAUUUGGGUCUAGAAUAAUGAACACAACGGGCCACGGGACAGGUCUUGGCAGAUGCCCCG